CUGAAAGGAGAGCCCUGCUUAUGAAGAGAUGACGUGUAAUGGCCCAGAUAACUCAGAAGCUUGUGCCACUCCAGACGCUGACCGUGACCAGGAAUGGGCACAGGAACACUACCGACUAGGAACUUUUGUUGAAUUUCCACUUGGCUGUCCGGUUUCGGCAUCAGCGCUAGCACGAGCUGGCUUUGUUUAUACUGGAGAAGGUGACAAAGUGAAGUGCUUCAGUUGCCAUACAACUGUUGAAGGAUGGGUGCCUGGGGAUUCUGCAGUUGAGAAACACAAAAAGUUUUCCCCAAAUUGCAAAUUUAUUACCAAAUCUACUUUUCUGGAAAAUAACAUGCAUCCUCUCACCCAGAACUACCAGCAUAGGACUGAAAACGGUUCCAGCAAUUCAGCCCUCCUGUGUGCUCUGGAUGACCCAUCUGAUGUGGAGGCAGAUUACCUUUUGAGAACUAGGCAGGUUGUGGAUAUGUCAGAUAAUUUGUAUCCUAAAAAUCCCGCUAUGUGCAGCGAAGAGAUAAGAUUAAAGUCUUUCCACAACUGGCCCCUCAAUGACCAGUUGACACCAAAGGAAUUAGCUAAUGCUGGAUUCUAUUAUAUAGGUGUUGGUGAUGAAGUGGCAUGUUUUUGUUGUGGUGGAAAAUUGAAAAAGUGGGAACCCAGUGACAGAGCUUGGUCAGAACACAGGAGGCAUUUUCCCAAAUGCUUUUUUGUCCUGGGCCGGGAUGUUGGAAAUGUUCCAAGUGAAUCUAUUCCUGCUGAGCUUGGGAGAAGUGGUCUGAACAAUGCACAGUAUCCAAGGAAUCCAUCUAUGGCAAAAUAUGGAAGACGUUUACAAACAUUUUUAACUUGGAUAUAUCCUGUUGACAAGGAGCAACUUGCUGAAGCUGGGUUCUAUAGCAUAGGUAACGGUGAUCAUGUUGUGUGUUUCCACUGUGGUGGAGGAUUGCAAGAAUGGAAAAUAAAUGAAGAUCCAUGGGAUCAACAUGCCAAAUGGUUUCCUGGGUGCAGAUUUGUGAGAAAGGAAAAGGGGCUAGAAUUUAUAAAUAACGUUCACUUAAAAGACGGAUGUAGGGACUCAACAACAGAAGCUGCUGAAGGGACAAUACUUCCUAAAGAUGAUCUCUUACAGAAUCCUUUGGUACAAAGUGCCAUAGACAUGGGUUUCAGUUUGUCUGAGAUUAGGAACACCAUGGAAAAGAAAUUGCAGAUGUCUGGAGAAAGUCACACAUCUGUUGAGGAUCUGGUAGCAGACUUAAGUGCUCAGAAAGAAAAUACAAGGGAAGAAGAACCAAAUGAAAUCCCAGUUGAGCAAGAUGAGCUUAUUCAAUUACACAACCUCUAUCUCAGUACUGAAGAGAAGUUAAGACGCUUGCAGGAAGAAAAGCUUUGUAAAAUCUGUAUGGCUAAAGACAUAUCAGUAGUCCUCAUUCCCUGUGGUCACCUAGUUGCCUGUAAGGAAUGUGCUGAAGCACUUAAUAAAUGCCCUCUGUGUCGUACAAAUAUUACAAAAAGACAGGAAAUCUUUAUGUAUUAAUGAAAUAUACAGUACUGUGGAUGCAAAUGUUUCCUGCUUUACUGCUUUGAAUAUGUGUAAUAUAAUGUAAAAAAUGCAGUUAAUUCCAGGAUGUAAUCAUAUGGCAGUAUUUAGACUUUUCUGCUGUCAAACUCUACAUAGGUUUUAAUAUUUUAAAAAUUAUUUUGCUUAAGUGAAAUUUUUGUAUGUAAAAACCAAUAUUGAAAGGCAAAUAUGUAUAUUCUGUAAAUGCAAUUCAUAGAUCUGAUUUGGGAAAGCCUAAGUAAUGCAGAGCUUUAUUUAUGUGAUCAUUCCUUUGCUUCACUUUAGUAGGACUCUGUACAACUGAAGUUUAUGCAAAUACAGUUGUAUAAAGAGUCCGGCCCUAUAUAAAAUUUGUAAAUAAGUGAAUUUUAAAAAUUAUUAUA